CAACCUCAGUCCAAGCAGAGUAGAGCCAAACACGACUCAAGAAGCGAAAAGCAGACUGGAGAGAGACGAAAAAGCCUGAGAGAAAGAAAAAGCGCUAGUAUUAUAGAUCAGUACUGGGAAUUUGGUAAAGGAGAAGGAAUCUAGGGUUUCGCGGCGGUGGAGUUGCGCCGAUCCGACGUCGUAAUGGCGAGUCCGCGAUCGGAAGUUUUCGCGAGGACGCCGGGUUCCGGUAGAGGUCUGUCGAUAACGCCGGGGUCGAGAAUCUUGCAGAGUCCGGUGAGUGACGAAGCGAUCUGGAAGCGGCUUAAGGAGGCUGGGUUUGAUGAGGAGUCGAUUAAGCGGAGGGACAAGGCUGCGCUCAUUGCUUAUAUUGCUAAGCUUGAAGCUGAGAUUUUCGACCACCAACACCACAUGGGUCUUCUCAUAAUGGAAAAGAAGAGGUUGGAUUCCGAUUAUGAGCAACUUAAGGCCUCUUCUGAGACGGCCGAACUUAGAUAUAACCGUGAUCAAGCUGCACAUGCAUCUGCUUUGGCUGAAGCAAAGAAGCGGGAGGAGAGACUAAAGAAGGCACUAGGAGUCAAGGAAGAAUGUAUAGCAAGUAUUGAGAAGUCAAUGCACGAGAUGCGUGCAGAAUCUGCUGAAACAAAGGUUGCAGCUGAGUGUAAGUUGGCUGAAGCGCGUAAUAUUUUGGAGGAUGCUCAGAAGAAAUUCACUGAAGCUGAGGGAAAGCUACUCCUUGCAGAAUCUUUGCAAGCAGAAGCUUCUCGUUAUCACCGUGUUGCAGAAAGAAAGAUGGUAGAAGUUGAAGCUCGUGAAGAUGAUCUUAGGAGGAACAUUCUAUCUUUCAAGACUGAUUGUGAUGAAAAAGAGAAGGAGAUGAGCCUUGAGAGAAAAUCUUUAAGUGAAAGGCAGAAAUCCCUCCAGCAAGAACAGGAUAGAUUACUCGAUGCGCAAGCUCUUCUUAACCAGAGGGAGGAUAUUAUAUUUGGUCGAUCUCAGGACCUGAAUCGACUUGAAAAAGAGUUGGAAGACCUGAAACUGAAUAUUGAGGAGGAGCGUAAAGCCCUAAAUGAUCAGAAAUUUAAUGUGGAGCUGACCGAGACUUCCCUUGCUAAUAGAGAGGAGGCUUUAACUAGAAGAGAGGCUUUGCUGAACAAAAAAGAACAAGAGCUUCUUGUUUUUCAGGAAAAACUGGCCAGCAAGGAAUCUGAUGAGAUUAAGAAAGCUGUUGCCAUUCACGAAGUUGGUUUGAGAAAGAAGAAGUCUGAAUUUGAUGCAGAGCUGGAGGUGAAGUGCAAGCUGGUUGAAGCUGAAAUUGAAACCAAGAGACGGGCUUGGGAGUUAAGGGAGGUGGAUCUCAAUCAUCGAGAGGACCUACUGUGUGAAAAGGAAUAUGACGUGGAAGUUCAGAUGAGGUCAUUGAUGGAGAGGGAAAAAGAUGUGUCAGAGAGGUCAAAUCUUGUUGAGGAGAAGGAAAAAAGUUUGAGAGCCACUGAGAUGGAGCUUGAGCAGAAUAACCUUCUUUUGCAAAAAGAAAAAGAAGAAAAUAUCAAAUUGAAGCUAGAGCUGCAAAACUCCCUAGAUUCACUUGAAGAGAAAAAGAAACAACUUGAAUGUUCCAGGCAGGAGUUUGAGGUUUUGAAAACUGAAACAAGUGAGCUUUCAGAUCUAGAAAUGAAACUUAAGGAAGAGGUAGAUUUGGUCAGGGCUCAAAAGCAAGAGCUGAUGGCUGAGGCAGAAAAAUUGGCUGUGGAGAAGGCCAAGUUUGAAUCUGAGUGGGAAUCGCUUGAUGACAAGAGGGAAAUGCUGCGGAAGGAAGCAGAGUGCGUAGCAGAGGAGAGGUUGGCAUUCUCUAAGUUUAUCAAAGAAGAGCAUGAUAAAUUAAAGCAGGAGAAGGAUGAAAUGUGGGAUCAGUACAAACGUGAUGCUGAAUUACUUGUUGUUGAGCGGCAAGACUUCAUGAAUAAGAUGACCCGUGAGCGGUCUGAGUUAUUCAGCAAGAUGCAGCAAGAACAUGCUGAUUUCUUGCUGGAAAUUGAUACGAGGAGGAGGGAGUUGGAGAACUGUAUUGAUAAAAAACAUGAGGAGUUAGAAUGUUCUUUGAAGGAAAAGGAGAUGGUGUUUGAGCAAGAAAAGAAAAAUCAACUUGAGUAUAUUAGUUCUCUCAACGAAAAAGCUGCAAAAGAGAUGGAGGAGGUUUCUUUAGAAAGGAAAAGACUUGAAACUGAGAGAGUGGAGAUAAAUGUGGAUCGUGAGCGAAGGAAUCAGGAAUGGGCUGAGCUAAAUAAUUCGAUUGAGGAACUAAAGAUUCAGAGGGAGAAGCUGAAGAAGCAGCGGGAAUUAUUGCAUGCAGAUAGUGAAGAGAUUCAUCGUCAAAUUGAACACUUGAAGGAAUUGGAGAGUUUGAAAGCUGCUUUAGAUGCUGAGAUGCAACGAUCUGAUUCCGUGCCCAGCAACCCAGAAACUUCUACAAGAUAUUUGAAGCAGGCAACAUCAAUACAAGAAGGUGAUCCUAAUUCACAGGAUAAAGUAAAUGUUGCCGACUCUAGCAACCCAUCUAUGCUAAAGGCAGUCCUUUCUCCUCCUAGUUCUGCCCGUUUCACUUGGUUAAAACGCUGCACUGAAUUGGUUUUCAAACAGUCUCCUGAGAAGCAACAAUUGAAAUAUGAAGAAAGUCCUGUGAUCUCUCGAAAAGAAGCAGGCUUGAAGGUAACUGAACAGAUGGAGACAUCAAGUAAAUAUGAUGGGCAUAGGUACAUGGGAAAUGGUCAUUCAUCCAGAAGUUUCAGCAAGAGGCAGAAUGCUUUUGGCGAGCCAAAGGUGAUAGUUGAAGUGCCUGUUGGUGAGAAUGUAAAAGCAACAAAUAAUUCUGAUUAUGAAUCCACACAUGACUCUGAAUCUGCCGGUGAAAGGUGUGCCCCCUUAAUUUCUAAAAAAGUUGUCCCGGGAGGAAGGAAAAGAAGAGUUGAAAAAUCUUCUUCCAAUGACUGUUUUGAUCCAGUACUUGAGACUAGGCAGAAUAUUAAGAAAAGGAGGCAAGAAGUUGACACUGUAGAUUCAUCGGACCGUGCCAUUACCCACUGCACUGUGUCAACCCAGACAAAAGUUCCAGAGCAGCAGCUUGAAUCAUUGCCAUCUGAUCAAAUUUGUGAUGGUACUGUAGAUGAGAGUGUUUUAGUAGUAGAUAAAGUCAUCAAAGUUUCGGAAGUGAUUUGCGAGAGAACUGAGACACAAAGUUUUGCCAACGGGAACAAAUUAGACGCACACAAUUCUGUUGUGGAACCACACCAUCUACAGAAUAGUGUCUUAACCUCUGACCCCAAGGCUCAGGAAAUGAUACAAGAGUUAGACUUGGGGAAUGUUGGACUAGUUAGUGACGAUCAUCAGCUUGAAGAGAAAGAAAUAUCUGAAAAGCAUUUGCAGUCCGUGUGAGAGGAUAUUCAAAAUGUGUACAGAAGCUUAGAUAUGAAAAGAUAAUUUGGCAAGCAGGCAUUGUCAGAUGUGAGUACGGGAGAACUCUCUGUAGUUUUAAUACAAAAUAUUCUUCCAUUCACUGUUCAUAUGGUACUUUGUGUUUUUUUGCUGAAUGGUCGAAUAGAUUUCCAGGUGCAUCACUUACCUGACAGUUGUCAACAUUUAAAGAGGCUCCGUUCGCAUGGCUUGUAUGCUGGAUUGGGUAGUUAUGUAAUUGACUUAGCUUAAAGUAGUGAUUUAGGUGAUAUUUGUGUUUGUUUGGUCAUCUAAUAUGAUCUUUGAAGGGCUUCGUUUAGGGCAAACCCAGUGGAGUGGUGUGUUGGCUUCUUGUGUAAUAUGAGGAUCUUGUCUCUGCAUAUGACCAUGGGUUGUCUGCUUAUUGAUAUAUGGCGACAACUUUACUCUUGCAGAAUUGCAGAGGGCAAGUUCAGUUCUGUUG